AGCAUGACUUUGGAAAUUAAAUUCAAUGAUACUUUUCAUUUUAAUUCCACUAAAUGUCUAAAGCUAAAAAUAGACAUUAAAAAUUUCCAGCAAAGUGUGUCAAGUAAAAUGGAUUCCGGAAACACGACACACAGAAGAAGAUGUUCAGAGAGUUUGUCGGAAUCUGUUUUUAUUGGCUUGUGUAAAAUACAUGAACUGGGAACCCCACAACAGUUGGCCAUGAGGAGAGAUAUCAUUGAAGUUAUGAAUAUAGUGCAAAAUUACCUAGAACCCAAUAAGAGGAACUUUUUAUGGUGUGGGAGUCACGGAGAAGGAUUCAGAUUUGUGGAAUCUGAUAUGGACAUUAUGGAAUGGCCAACUAAUUAUCGAGUGUUCUGGGAGAGGUCUCAGAUCCAGUACAACAAUACAAAAAGAUUUGUGCCAAUUCUAACGGACAGUUCAGAGAGCCCCCCAGGCUUCACUUUACUCUGGUUACAUGUACCAAUACCUGAAGCACAUAGCUGUGUUCUGUUUUCAAGUUUAAGAAUGAAGGAAAGAUUAUAUAUAUCUAGUUCUAAAUACAUUGAAAAAAAAUUACUGCAAGAGCCUACUUGUGUAAAACAUGGACCAUGCACUCUUAAUAUCAUGGAAGUCCCCCGAUUAGAGAUCGAUCAUGCCCACAGUUUUGCUUCUGACCUUUGGCCUCCAUCUGCCUCCUCAUGGAUUGACAGGUGUCACAUGUGGCCCCAGCCUCAUGUUGUUGAUGAUAUAAUCAGAAGCGGGUGUCAUUUUGUCGCAAUAGGACAUAAGCUAGGAAAUCAUGAAAACAACGAGUGGAGAAUAUCAUUCUCUUUGGCAGAACAAAAACUUGUGUUUUCAAUGAACCACUGCCAAUUUUUAACUUAUGGAUUAUUGAAAUGGUUCUUAAACAAAGUAAUCAACUGUCAAUUAAGUGAGGAAAGAAAAUCACUGUGUUCCUAUCACAUAAAAACGGCUAUUUUCUGGGUGCUUCAAGAAAACAUAAUUUCACAAUGGACUCCACAAAAUCUCCUGGAGUGUUUCUGGGUCUGUUUUAAACUCAUUCUCAAAUGGGUGUAUGAGGGAGUGUGUCCAAACUUUUUCAUUCCAGAAAACAACAUGUUUCAUACUAAUAUCCAUGGUGGUUCACAAGAUGCUUUAUUCAUCAGACUGUAUACACUAUAUGAGAGGGGUUUAUCGUGCCUGUUUCAGAGUCCUUCUAUCAGGUACUAUAUCAUGAACGAACUCUGUAAUCCAAGACUCCCCUUCUGUAUAAAUGAAAGCACCUUGAUGCAUGAUCCUGUUUUUGCUAUGGAACUAUUCCAAGAGAUACAUGAAAAUGCAACUUUAAAUACUCUAGAUCUGAUCUCUUUCAUAAAAGCCUUGCAGAAAAUAGAAAAAUUGGCAUAUUCUCUACUGACAAAUUAUCAUAUUGUUAUGUUACAAAACCUUUCAGCAAUAAUUUUACAGCAAACUGCCUUUUCAUUUUAUAAUUUAUUGCAUUCAAGUAUUUACAUGUACAAUGACAAUAACAAAGAAAUAUAUAUUUUUGAUAAAAUAUCCUGUCAUAUGUUGAAAAUGGCAGCCAAGUUUGGUUGUAUUUCUGCCAAGUUGUACCUUGCCAUGUAUCAUUAUCGAACAUGCCGUUACAGAGAAGCUUUAUCUGUCAUAGAGAGGACAAAAGUUGGAUAAGCACAGCCACAUCUGUUAUAUGUGGUUACGUUUGACCUUGAAAAGUAUACUGAGUGUGUUGGAGGACGGUCAUAGUCAACAAAAAUGAGGAAUUCUGUCACAGACCAUAUCAAACUCAGCGGCAAAAUAGUAUACAUCAAUGAGUUAAUAAUAGAGCAACAGUCCGUUUUACAGAAUGGAGAACAUAUAUUAUUCAUCCCACCCAAAAUUAUGUUAUUUAUGCUUGAGUUCCUUGUAUAUUAUAGACAAGCUGACACUGUUAAUGCACAAACAUCUCUGAAGAAUCUCCAAGCCCUAGUGAACUAUGAUCAGAGAAAACAUAUACCCCCAUUAGCCAGAGACAUAUCAUGGCAGAUCCUUGGGAUUUGUCAACAGAUCAAUGGGGAUUCCAAUGACGCUUUAUACUCAUAUCAACAAUCACUAAGACAUGGAGACAGUGAAUUCAUUUUAAUACAAACUGCUACAAUAAUACGAAUUAUAAUAUUGAUUUACAAACUGUAUUUCAGUUAAGCAUAGUUAAUAAAAGAAAUUGACUAGCAUAUGAUAGUUAGAUCCUGGGGAACUGUCGGGGAUCAGCUGUCAGCUCGUCAAAGGAUCAGAAUGAAAAUCAGCAAUAAAUCAGAAAAUGCCUAUUUCAUUAAAUACAAAGUUAACUGUUGG